UUAAAAAUUAUGGCGUCAAGCCAAACACCUUUAAAACGAAGGAGUGAAAAGCAAAAUCAAGAAUUUAUUAAAACCCGCGUUAAAAAUGAAUAUUCUUUAGAUACAGUUAGUGAUAAUAACUGGCAAUUAUUUAUGUGGUUCGCUUCCUUGGAAACAGUUGAGAAUUAUAUUUGUUUAUUUAUUCUUGUUUGGGAUAUUAUUCCAGUACGAAAUAGUGCACAAUUUUCAAAAGAAUUAAGGGAAGAAACUGAUAAUUUAAUUCAAAUUAUCAAGGAGUUAAAUAUUUCAAAAGAAAACGAUAAUAAUUAUUCUAAAAUGUUAGAUGAUUACAAAGGUUAUCGUUUUUUAAGUAGUCAAACUUUUAGACAAAAUUUAGUUCAUAAUGUUUGGAAAGAAUUGGAAAACCAUGGAUUAAAGAAUAAUUCUUAUGCGGUUUCGGAACAAUUAAGCCGUUGUUCAUUAUUUCAAAAAAAAGAGUUAAGAGCGAUGAUUUUAUCUAGGAUAAAAUCCUUUCAAUCAUUUUCAAGAAAAAUAAAAGAAGCAAAAGAAUUACAACAAGUACCCCUUAAUAAUAAGAUGAAAGAUGAAAAUCAAGAAUUAAUUUUAAGUGAAAAUAAAAGUUUGGAAAAUCAAAUAGUUGGUUUAGCCGAUAAUAAAUCACAAAUUGGUAAUUCAGUAAGUCUUGAAGAUGAGUCGCGAGAUACUCAAGAACUUAAGAAAAGAGAAAACGAGAAUUUAAAAACUCAAGUAAAAGAAUUAAUAAAAGAAAAUUCGAAACAACAGGCAGCUCUUGAUAAUUUAACAAAUGUAUUUUGGAACGAUGAUGAGUCGCAUAAUUCAAAAAAAUUGAUUCAAGACAUUACAGAUUUACAAGAUAUGCUUACAGAUUUCACAAUGGUUCAAGGAAGUGAUUAUAAGAUAAAUAACAAUGAGGCAAAUUCUCUUUUAAGAGCUUUUAAAUGCGAAGUAAAUUGUCCUAGUUCGCGAGCAAGCCUUGUUUUGGGAUUUUUACUUCAAAGGAUUACAAUUGCCAAAAUUAUAGAAGAAGUUGAAAAAUAUUUAAAUGGCUUUUCUAAAAAUCAAGAGAUGACUCUUGAGAGGGAUAUCGUAAAUACUACCGAAACCUUAAUUAAUCAGAUAAUAUUAUUUGAAAAAAAUUUGAAGGGAGAAGACGAUACCACUAAGAUUACACCAAUCAAAAUUCGGCAGAAUGUUUAUUCAGCUCUUAGUCAUCGUGGCUUUCCAAGUGAUCACUCUUUAAUCAAAAGCACAGCAAGUAAAUUGUUGUAUAAGAUGAAUAAAUAUAGAAAAAUUGUAGAUGAAGAAACUAAAAGUGAAAUGGAUGAUCAAGCUAUUCAAAUAACUCAUAAAGUUAUUAAUAUUUUUUAUUUUAGUUUUAAAACACAAGCUUCUGUACCAACCUAUAAAUUUUUCGAUGCCGGUCAAGCUUUGGAACCGCAUCUCAUGAAAGGAGCUUUUGGAAAUGAUGAAUCUAAAAAAUUGGAAGUAGAAAUUUGUGGAUUUCCUUGCAUCGGCAUAUUUACUGGUGAUAAAUUGAGUGAUAGAAUUUUUAUAAAAGCGCAAAUUAUUCCAAGAUCGAAGCGUUUAUCAUAGGAAGUAAAAUUUUCGAUAACCAUAAUUGGGUUAUCUGUUAAGGAGUAAAUAUUAUAUUUAUUUAUAAAUUAUUGAUUUUUUUCUUUAUAUAUAUUGAAAAUUAUGUAAUUUAGGACAUUGUAUAUAAACAGUGAAAUAAAUUUAAAGAUAUUUCUAAUCAAUAUAUAU